UGAGGCGGGGGAGGCGGCGCGCGCAGCCUCGGCAGCGCCUCUGAGGAGCCGCCGCGAGCCCCGGGGGAGAACCGGGAAGGGCCGGGAGGAACCGGGGCCCAUCGAGCCGAGCGGAGCCGGGCGGGCCGCGGGGUUAUGAGGGCGGGCGCCGCCGCCUCCCCGUGAGGAGCCGCGGGCGCGGGGAGCGCGCGAGGCCGCCCCGCCACAGGAAGCCAUUUUGUGGGCCCCCUCCUCCUGCUCGCUCUCGUCCUCUUCCUCCUCCUCGUCCUCCGCCGUCGCCGCCGCCCUCGGGAGCGGCCGGGCCCGGUGAAGGAGGCGGCGAGGAGGGGCGGCGGCGGCCGCCGCGCCCUCCCCCAUGGCGAAGAAAACCUACGACCUGCUCUUCAAGCUGCUGCUCAUCGGGGACUCGGGGGUCGGCAAGACCUGCGUCCUCUUCCGCUUCUCCGACGAUGCCUUCAACACCACCUUCAUCUCCACCAUUGGGAUAGACUUCAAGAUUAAGACUGUUGAAUUGCAAGGAAAGAAGAUCAAGCUACAGAUCUGGGACACGGCGGGGCAGGAGCGCUUCCACACCAUCACCACCUCCUACUACCGCGGGGCCAUGGGCAUCAUGCUGGUGUACGACAUCACCAACGCCAAGAGCUUCGAGAACAUCAGCAAGUGGCUCAGGAACAUCGACGAGCACGCCAACGAGGAUGUGGAGAGGAUGCUGUUAGGAAACAAGUGUGACAUGGAAGAUAAAAGAGUUGUCCCUAAAGCAAAAGGUGAACAGAUUGCCAGGGAGCACGGUAUUAGGUUUUUUGAAACUAGUGCAAAAGCAAAUAUAAACAUUGAGAAGGCAUUCCUCACAUUAGCAGAAGACAUUCUUCGAAAGACCCCUGUAAAAGAGCCCAACAGUGAAAAUGUAGAUAUCAGCAGUGGCGGUGGGGUGACGGGCUGGAAGAGCAAGUGCUGCUGAACCUUCUCCUCUCUCACCAAUCGCCAUCCACCGCCCCUUUUUUCUCGCUGCAAAACAAACCACUCUGCCCGUUUUUUAACCCAAAACCAAUGUUUUUGUUCCUCAUCUUAACGAGCUCCUGCCUCCCCUUGGUUUUCCGGCUAGGACAGCUUUGCCUCCUCCAGUUUUCUCCACACAUGUAUAGGAAAUUCAUCUCGGUGACUUCAUUUCCGUGUCCCUGCUCAGCUCACCACCACGUUUGGGUUGUAUUAUAGCCCCGUCCCUCCUGCCAUUAAACCCCAGAGCAAUCAUACUCGACUCUCUUCUGCAAAUUGUAUAAGAAUAAAGGUUAGAAUUAACAAUU